GGAGGUCUGCGCUGCAGUGGUACAUUCGCAAUAAAAUGGGUGUGGUUGAAUCGCGCAUAUGUGAUGCUACGUAUUUCUGGUGCAGACCGAAUGAUUUCAUGCGGGACUGAAUUGAUAGCAGAGCGAGCGCACAUUAUUUUAAUUAUUUAGAAAUCAACUGUACUGUUGUUUAUGUCGAAUUCACCCCGCCUCUUAUUCUGGCACAGUCACAUUUGAACUGAUGGACGGGUAUGCUCCUCCGGAAAGAUAACCAAGUCGAUUUUGGUUACUUUAUUUUAAUUUUUUUAAAGGGCCACGGGGUGCCUCGCGUUGUAUUGAAUUUGUCAUUUCUUGAACGCGGAGCGACGGUCAAAACUAUGGAAAGCCAAAUGGAAGACGGAGGAAGAAGACACUCGGGAGGGAAGAGGCGAGGAUCAAGCAACGCAAUUUAAAGACAACGACGGUGUCUCAGGGUGCGUGAGAGAGGUCAGAGGUUAAAAGUCAUUUCAAGAUGAGUGAGCUCGAGCAGCUUCGACAGGAGGCUGAGCAACUGCGCAAUCAGAUCAGAGAUGCCAGAAAAGCAUGUGGAGACUCCACACUCACUCAGAUAACAGCAGGCCUGGACCCGGUGGGGAGGAUACAGAUGAGGACGAGGCGCACACUGCGUGGGCAUUUGGCUAAAAUCUAUGCCAUGCACUGGGGCUCAGACUCCAGGUUUCUUGUUAGUGCCUCACAGGAUGGAAAACUCAUCAUCUGGGACAGUUACACUACAAACAAGAUGCAUGCCAUCCCCUUGCGGUCAUCAUGGGUGAUGACCUGUGCGUACGCGCCAUCUGGAAACUUUGUGGCCUGUGGUGGACUGGACAACAUUUGCUCCAUAUACAGCUUAAAGACUAGAGAGGGCAAUGUUAGAGUCAGCCGAGAGCUGCCAGGACACACAGGUUACCUUUCCUGUUGCCGUUUCAUAGAUGACAAUCAAAUUAUCACCAGUUCAGGAGACACAACCUGCGCUCUGUGGGACGUGGAGACCGGUCAGCAGACCACGCUGUUCUCAGGUCACAGUGGAGAUGUGAUGAGUCUGUCAUUAGCUCCAGACUCGCAGACCUUCAUCUCUGGGGCCUGUGACGCCUCAAUUAAGCUCUGGGACAUCAGAGACAGCAUGUGCAGACAGACGUUCACCGGGCACGAGUCAGACAUCAACGCUGUCUGUUUCUUCCCCAGCGGCAGUGCGUUUGCAACUGGUUCUGAUGACGCCACCUGCAGGCUGUUUGACCUGCGUGCGGAUCAGGAGCUGUGUUUAUACUCUCAUGAUAAUAUCAUCUGUGGCAUCACCUCUGUGGCCUUCUCCCGUUCUGGCCGUCUGCUGCUCGCCGGCUACGAUGACUUUAACUGCAACAUCUGGGACGCCAUGAAGGGAGACCGAGCAGGAGUGCUGGCUGGCCAUGACAAUCGUGUGAGUUGUCUUGGGGUCACAGAUGAUGGCAUGGCUGUGUGUACAGGUUCCUGGGACAGCUUCCUGAAGAUCUGGAACUGACCACACACAGCUCACAUAUUGUACACAUUAUUCACUCAUCAUUCACAAUGUAUGUACUUUACUGUACAUCUGAUGUACACUUGCCUACACCGACACACACGCCUGACAAAAACUGUACAUAAUAUAUAGAAUUAGUGCCACAUCAUUCUAUACACAGUCACACUAUAGGCAGGUUUGGACCACAAGUUUAAAAUAGGAAUGUUUACACACACACACACACACACACACACACACACACUUUACACACACUCCCUUAACUUAAGGUUUGCUGGAACUACAUGGUACCCUCACUAAGAGACACAAGUACAUUUGGAGGACUGAGUGAGUUGUCUAAUUUGAGCGUUCAUGCCAAAACAUUUAUUUGACACGCUUCAUUUUUAGACUGAGCUCUAAAUGGUGGGUGUUGAUCCAUUGAAAAGAAUCCUUUUUUAUUUUGACUUCCAUUCUGUCUUCUAUACUCAAAGUCUAAAGUACUGAAUGUUUCCAUGAGCAUGUAGAGUUGAAAAGAUGAGGGGAUGUACCCAACCCAUCUGUAGUUGAUACAGAUCACACUUUAUGUAGCCCAUGUUUUUAUAGAUGCGUAUGCCGGCAUAUUCCAAUAUAGAAGUAAUUAAAAUAUGUUUUUGUCUUUCAUUUUUGUUUAGAAUUUACAUUUUUAAAAGGCUUUUAUUCAUGUUUUCCUGUGUGCAGCACCCUAAGGAGAAUAAAGAGAACUAAAAAUAAAUAAAUACAAAUCUGUGCCACUAAAUAUGUGAUCACAGGUUGCUCACAA